AUGGCACCAUUACGAGUGCCUACAGACUUUUUCACGGAUGAUGUGACUGAUUUUUUGAACUAUUCGACGCAGCAUCCGGGUAUCGAAUCGCCUAGACAUCACCUGCGUCACAGAAAUCAUUCUCGGGACCAUUCGAGAAAUCACAAUGUUGUCGAUAUGCUAUCCAAUUCGAUAAUGGAGGUGAUAAAUACUAAAUUUGUUCCGGACAAUAGCGUCCUGCCGGACAUGGAGCCGUUGUCUACGCACAUGGACGGUCAGGAGCGACAUCCUUUGAGGAUGAAUAUAACGAUGAAUCGUUCCGAUUUCGGUGUGAUAAGCGAGGAGUUGCUGUACCGGCACACCGGGGCGAUGACGGCGGUGUAUUGCGUGGCCUACCUGCUGGUAUUCGUUGUGGGCCUGGUGGGGAACUGCUUCGUGAUAGCGGUAGUAUACCGCUCGCCAAGGAUGAGGACCGUCACCAACUUCUUCAUCGUGAACCUCGCGGUUGCUGAUAUCCUGGUGAUCGUGUUUUGUUUGCCGGCUACUUUGAUGUCCAAUAUAUUUGUCCCGUGGGUGCUGGGCUGGCUGAUGUGUAAGACAGUGCCGUACGUGCAGGGUCUGUCUGUCGCCGCCUCCGUCUACAGCCUAGUCGCCGUCUCACUUGACAGAUUCCUCGCCAUCUGGUGGCCACUCAAAUGUCAAAUAACGAAGCGGCGCGCGCGCAUGAUGAUCGUGUUCAUCUGGAUCUUUGCAAUCUCCGUCACCACUCCCUGGGUGUUCUUCUUCGACCUGGUGGUGGUGUUCGAGGACAGCCCACACGUCCGCCUCUGUCUUGACGUGUGGCCCAACCCCUUGAGCGAGAUACUGUACUUUGUCAUCGGAAACCUCAUCUUCUGUUACAUUCUGCCGAUGGUACUCAUCACUAUGUGCUAUAUUCUUAUCUGGAUCAAGGUGUGGAGACGCGCCAUCCCCACCGAUACACAGGACGCCCAGAUGGAGAGAAUGCAACAAAAGUCCAAAGUGAAAGUUGUUAAGAUGCUCGUUGCCGUAGUCAUACUGUUUGUGCUCUCCUGGUUCCCCCUGUAUCUGAUAUUCGCAAGGAUAAAGCUGGGUGGGCCUGUCCAGAAGUGGGAGGAAGACAUAUUUCCAGUGGUAACGCCCCUAGCGCAGUGGCUCGGUGCCUCUAACUCAUGCAUCAAUCCUAUACUGUACGCGUUUUUCAACAAGAAGUACAGGAAGGGAUUCGUCGCCAUCAUUAAGAGUAGAAAGUGUUGCGGGAGACUGCGGUAUUACGAGACCAUUGCGCUUCAGUCCUCGAGCACUUCGACCAGGAAAUCAUGGCACUACAAUAACAACAACCACGCGUCGAUCACGCGUCGGUCACCGCCCGUCGAUAAAAACGCCGUGUCCUUUAUCUUUAACCACACCGGAGUUUAACUCUUCAACGGAGACUGGACUUGGUUACAAAAGUGCCGCUGGAGCCCGAGAGAUGUCGCUCUUCGGGGAGGUCGGGGCGUGUGUGUCAUAUCGACAUGCUUGUGAGAUAUCCAGUACAUUUGCGUUGGCAAGUUAUGGUACAAGAACCAAAUUCUCGACCAUCGUGAAAAUCAAUAAUAUUAAUAUACCUAUUUAUUAUUGUAUUCGAUAGUUUUUACUACUGUUAAGGUUAACUUUUUUACAUGUAACAUUUGGAGAUGUGUAAAAUAAAUUUAUUUUUACAUUGAAAUGCCGCAGUCGCUAAACGCACAGACAGCACAAAUAA